GGAGAGAAAAGGGGCGGGACUAAAGCCUAACUUGUUACUGUUGUCUGCAGUGAUAUGAAACGCAUAACACCGCAGCGUGAAAUACGCCCGUCGCUUCCUCAGGACCGCCGACGGUCUGGAUACCCGCGAGUCAGGUAUGUGCAAUGCAUGAUGGGGAGGGAGAGGAGGAGCCGCGGCAGCUGAGGACCCAGAGCCUUUCCCGCCAUCACCGCCACCGCUGCUGCUGCCCCUGAAACAGGCCUGGGCGGCUCCCUAACGCACCCCAGUUACUCCUCCCCGCUCCUGCCGCCCCUCAGCCCUCAUUCUCUGGGGCCAUGGAUCCCAAACCUGCCGGGGAGAAGAAUCGGCCACGUUACUUCAGCAACGUCAAAACCAGGUUGGGCUCUAAGCUCCCUGCCAGCGCUCCGCCUCCUGGCUUCCCCUUGGGCCCCUGGGAGCCUCACUGCAGCCGGUCCGGGCCGGCGAGGGAGGGCGGGGCCAGCCAGAAUCGCCCCCCAGGGACACGCCCCCCUCACGUCCCCCACAUCCGGAACCCCCAGCUGCGGCAGUACUAUCUGAGAGAUGUUCCUGGGCUCCCAGAAGUCCCUCCAGUGAAGCCAGAGCCCAAUGAAUCAUCCAAUGGGAGAACAGAAUACACAGUGCGUCCCGAUGACACUGUGUUCAGUGUGGCGUCCCUGUUCAACACCACGCCCGGCCAGGUGGUGCACCUGAACAGGCUCUCCUCUAACACUCUCAUCCCCGGACAGCGGCUGCGCAUUCCGGGGACGAAGUGCCCGCCCCCUCCCUCCGUCCCGGACCCGGACCCGAAACCGAACCCGAACCCGCAGCCGGACAGGGCGCCGGAGGCCCCGCCCGCGGCCGUGCCUUCCUGCGGCCCCCUGUCCCCCUCGCCGGACUCCGAGUACGACAAACUGCUGGACGUGGAGGAGGUGUCGAUGCCUGAUGGACAGCUGUGCCUAUUGGCCCUCCCCGCGGAGUGUGCUGAGGGGGAGGGGCCUGCAGCCAUGCCCUACCUCAAACUGUGCUCCCACUACAUCACCGACCGCAAGGGCGUGGUCCCCGGAAUUCUGCUGGUGACGCCCAAUAAGAUCUUCUUUGACCCCUAUAAGUCCCACCCCCUGGUGGUGGAGCAGGGCUGGGAGGAGUAUUUGCUGUCCUGCCUAGUGGACAGACUGGUGUCAGUCUGCUUCUGCUCCGACAUCUCCCACGUGCACUUCAACAAGUCCACCCAGAGGUGGAAAGGCCGGAGGAAGCCGGCGAACCCCAAAUCGGUGAAAGGCUUGGUGAGGAGAAUCCAUGGGGCGAAGCGCGGUCCCCCGGUGCAGCCUGGGCACGCGGUCCUGGCGCUGGUCUCCUCGGCGACGGCGGACCUGAAUUCCCCCCCGGGGCAGGGCCCCCGGGCCCCCGUCGCGGGCGAGCCGGACGCCGAAGGCCGGGACAUGGCGGAGGUCGAGCGGGAGCUGGAGCGCGGGAGGGGCGGGGUGGACGAGCUGGCCGCCCACUCGGCCGGCAUGCUGGGGGUGGCGGUGCUGAGCAGUGCUGCCACCUUCUGUUGCGGAGGACUGGACGCGGGGGAGAGAGUGAGGACAGAGCUGGUGCAGCCGGACGGGCGGGAACAGAGGAGGAGCACGGGGAGGGGGAGCACAGGCCCCUCCCGCCAGUCCUCUGGUGGCUCGGGAUCUCUGAUGUUCAUACGGCUCCGCUUCCACCAGCCCUCGGGUCAGAAGAGGGGCGUGUCCACACCUGAGCUGGGCGUGGCCAGGACCCCGCCCACUAAGGACGCCUGGUUCGCCCUGUCCCAGCAGAGCUCUGAUGAGCUCUACGCCUAUCUGACCCACUGGAGACCGGACCUCUGCAUCCUGGAGGGCCGCGAGGAAGAGGACGGCGGCGGAGACGAAGAAGAGUUUGUGCUGGUGGACGGCGAGGAGCAGGAGGAAGGGGCGGGGCUCACGCGCAGCGACAGCCAGACGGGAGAGGACUGGGAGGUGAGUCUGAGCCCGACGGCGGGUCCAAACCCGCACGAGGGGAAACGUCUUUCCGGCCCCACCGCAGUUGUAUCCGACUGGAGACGGAGGGCGUACCGACGGGUCCGGACACAAGCACUGAGCACUGAUGACGUCCUGCAGCAGAGCCGCAUCCUGAAGGCUGAGCACGUCAGAGAGAUCUCCGCCGAGCUGCCCGCUCGAACCGUGGGCCACGCCUGGCAGCUGACCUACAGCACCUCGCGCCACGGCGCCAGCCUCAAGUCCCUCUACAGGAAGCUGGCCGGCCUGGAGUCGCCCGCCCUCCUCGUCAUUAAGGACUCCCAGAGCCAGGUGUUUGGCAGUUUCCUGUCCCACCCACUGAGGCCCAGUGAGACCUUUUACGGCACCGGCGAGACCUUCCUGUUCAUGCUUCACCCGCGGUUCAAGUGUUUCCGCUGGACUGGAGAGAACUCCUUCUUCAUAAAGGGAGACCUGGACUCCUUUGCCAUCGGGGGAGGAAGUGGCCAUUUUGGCCUGUGGCUGGAUGAAGCCCUCUACUUAGGCCGGACCAGCCCCUGCCAAACCUUCAACAACUGCUGCCUGUCGGAGACGGACGACUUCCGGGUCGUGGAGCUGGAGGUGUGGACCUUCUGCUGAAGGACCGCCCCAUACCCCCUGCCCCGCCCCCUCCACUCUCUGCCCCGCCCUCUCCACAGCCCUCAAGAAAAUGUUCUUUUUUCAGGGGCGAACAAAAGGGGCUGAUUGUCAUCCUUUUACUUGUAAAGACCUAAUUCUUUCAAUGUGUGCGGUGGCAGGGGUCUGUGAACUUUAACCCCUGGGGAAAAAUGGACGUCCUUAACUUAACUUCACUUUUAAGACUUUGGGGCAGGGGCGUUGAGGAGAAAUGUGUAGGCGCUGGGCUCAGGAAUUGAAAUGAAGGUUUUUCGACAAGAGAAGUACUGUACUGUACAUAUUUUUCACUUGAAUAUGAUUCCCCCCCCCCCCAACCACCCCGCCCCCCCAUAAGGGAUGGUGCCAGCUCCAGCUGGGGCUGUGUUUUAAACCAUGCCGAUACGAAGUGUGUACCAUCCCCGCUUAGACCCCCUCCCCAUCCCCCGGCUCAGUCUUCUCCUCGUGAAACGGUCGUGGACUUAAAAGGUGGGAGCUCUCAAAAAAAAAACAACCCCUCAUGGACAUGUUUCCCUUUCCUCUCUCUCGUCGUUGCAAGCGGAGCGAUACGCAGCCCGUUUACACGAGACUAAAAGACACUUUCCAGGUACCGUGGACUGUAAUCCAACCCCCUUAAUGUUGUUCUUAGAGUCGCUAGUGUCGAAUUGAAUUCCCCCCUGCGCUUCACACAUCGCUCUUCACUGCUACCGUGAGCUUGAAGUACAACGACCCUCUACCUGUACCAAGUAGCGCAGGCAAGAUCCACCAAUCAUUUUCACCCUGUGUAAUAUUUUAAAAAAAAGACUAUUAAUAACAAUGUUAAUAACACGCUUAUUGGUCA